AUGCUCUCGCCUAAGUUGAGCCUGAAGGCCCGUCUUACCCUUCUGGCCAUUUCCUCCUUCUUUUUCCUACUUAUCGUGGGUCGGUUGUAUCGGGUAACCGACUAUCCGCUCAGCAUAAUCACCGGCGACGAUGCCCCCAAACCACACGAAGGAUCAAAAACAACCUACGAGGACCCUACGAGAUUAGAAAGCUAUGACGACCCGUAUGCCGUCCCCCACCCGAUCGACAAUUUGAUUCGCGAUGCCGAUGCGACAUGGGCAAACUUGCGCGCGAAGCAGGUCUACAAUUUGACUCAGGCUGCGGAACAAUACCGCCAGCGCCGUGGACGUCACCCACCCCCGGGCUUCGAUAAAUGGUUCGAAUUUGCGAAAUCGAAAAACGCUCUUUUCAUCGAGGAUUUGUUUGAUCAAAUUUACGAUGACGUGAGUCCGUACUGGGGGCUGGACCCAAAAGAAAUGCGCCGGCAGGCUUCUGGAUUCGACCCGCGCAUCGUUGUUCGCGAACACAAGCUCUCGUCCGUCGGCCAUACGGGUGUCAACUGGCUCGAAGUUUGGAUGGACAUGAUGAAAGAAUUCGCAAAGUUCCUGCCCGACAUGGAUAUUCCCCUCAACGGAAUGGACGAGUCUCGUAUCAUCAUUCCUUGGGAGAAACUCUCCGAGUACCGUGAACAGGAUUUUGCCCGCCGCAGACCUAUCGACCCCAGCAAUGCCACCGAUCAGUACAUGCAACUUCCCGCUUUUGAUCCAGAAGCGCUUCCCGAGUCCUGGGGUCCAGCCUGGGAAGGACCAGGCCGUCCCUUCUGGGAUAUCAUGCGCGAUGCUUGUCCGCCUGACAGCCCGGGCCGUAACUCCAACAUCCCACACCUAGACUUUGCAAACCCACCCCGAGAAUUCUUCAACUACCGAAAUUUCUCGAAGACUGGCUAUGUUGAGGACUUUGAGAAAUCCAAGGAUCCAUGCUGGAGAGCAGAGCUACAGGGAAUGCACGGCAGUUUCAUCGAACCAAUCUCUCUUUCUACCUCACAUGAGCUAUUCCCACUUUUUGGAGGAUCGAAGUUAACCGUCAACAACGAGAUCCUCAUUCCACCAGCAAUGUACUACCUUGACAACCCCAUGUAUUCAGGAGGAUUCAAAAACAAAGGCGGCGCCUGGUCAAAAAAGAAAGACACCGUCUUCUGGCGUGGAAUCGCCAGUGGUGGGCGCAUCCGCGAAGACACAUGGACUGGCUACCAACGCCAACGAUUCGUAUCCAUGCUCAACGGCACAACCGUAGCGACAACAAACGGAUCAUCCUCACACGGAAUAAACUUUCGCCAACCAGACUAUCAUUACUACAAUGUCUGGUCAGGCCUCGACGGGACACUCCCAGAGUUCCUAAAUGAACACUGCGAUCUAGGCUUCCUUGAUCUAAAAUGCUUCCCGCCCGAAGAUGGUUUCCACUGCUCAUAUCAAGACCCUUAUUUCAGCAUCGUCGAUCCCAUGCCCAUGAAGGAGCAAUACGCCUACAAAUACUUGCCCGAUAUUGACGGAAACUCUUUCAGUGGUCGAUACCGUGCAUUCUUGUUGUCCACUUCUUUGCCCAUCAAGGCUACAGUUUAUAAAGAGUGGCACGAUUCUCGCUUGAUUCCUUGGGCACAUUUUGUUCCCUUGGACUCGCUGUACAUGGAUAUCUAUGGCAUUCUUCAGUACUUUAUUGGGUACAAAGGCCAUAAUGGCCAUGAUCGGCAGGCAGAAAAAAUUGCGAUGAAUGGGAAGCGUUGGGCCGAGGAGGUCUUGCGGUUGGAAGAUAUGGAGAUCUAUGUCUUCCGACUAUUGUUGGAAUAUGGCCGUUUGAUGGAUGAUAACCGUGAUACCCUUGCCUUCGUAGAUGACCUGUAA